AUGCCACCUAAAAAAGCUGCACCCAAGAAACUUCACGAGUUGGCACCAGAAGUGCGUGUUGGAUUCAAAAUCGAUGAUAUCAGCAAGAAAACUUAUAUUGUUGGAAAACAAUUCGCCACCGGUGGCUUCGGCAGGAUUCACACAUGCACUGAGGAAGGAAAAUCUCAUCAGAUGGUUAUGAAAAUCGAACCUUCGACGAAUGGACCGCUUUUGACAGAAGUCGUUGUGUUCAACAGGAUUUUGAAAAAGGAAAUGAUUGAGGCUUAUAAGAAAACCAAAAAGAUUCCGUGGAUUGGACUUCCCUAUAUUAUCGCAAACGGAUACUUCACCUACAACGGAGACAAAAUGCGUUAUAUGGUAAUCCCAAAAUACGCAACUUCUCUGGAAGCAACGAGAGAGUCAAAUGGCGGAACUUUGUCGGUCAAAGACUCAUUGACUGUAGCCAAUUGUGUUCUCGGAGCAUUGGAAUAUUUGCAUGAUUCGGAUUACGCUCAUGCAGACGUGAAAGCUGCCAAUAUUCUUUUGGAGAAAGAAGGAGUCUACUCAACCUCUGUUCUUGUCGAUUUUGGUUUGGCUCAUCGGACGACAAAUAAUGUUGAUAAACCAGACAAGAAGAGAGCUCAUAAUGGAACCUGUAUCUACACUUCAACUGAUGCUCACCGGGGAAACAAUCCAUCGUUCCGUGGUGAUGUCGAGAUUCUUGCGUACAACUUGAUUAUGUGGAUCACUGGAACUCUUCCAUGGCUUGCUCUGGAAUCUUCCCCUGACAAAGUUUUCGAUUCAAAACAAAAAUUCAUUGCUGGGUUACCGGGUACUCUGCAGAAUGUACUCACGAGCCAGUCACCGGCGGUUGUUGGAUGCAUAAACACCAUGUUCAAUGUUUCGAUGAAGACGAACUACACCGACAAAGUAGAUAUGACAAAAUUGAAAAAGUUGGUCACAGAUACUAUACAAACUUCAGUUGGAGAGGCUAAAAAAGCACAAGGGAAAGUGAAGAAAGCAACUGAAGAUGUCUCAAAAGCUGCAACUCCGAAAAAGAGCACCCGAAAAGUCAUGGCCAUCGUUGAAAGUGAAGAUGAUGACGACAAUGUUGUGGAAGUUGUACCGAAAAAGAAAGUUGCCAAAGUUCAGAAGCCACGCAAGGUUAUGGAAGAUGAGAGUGGUGGAGAAGAAGAAGUGUAUAUUCCGAAAUCUUCAAAAUCUCGUAAACUAAAGCCGGAGCAGGACAAUUCUUCUCUAGGAUCGUCAACUAGAAGUCAUUCUAAUCGUCUCGGCGUGACAUCUUCCGCAGCUUCAACUGUUAGAGCUGCCAGAAAGAUAGAGCAAAAAUAUAAGAGACUUUCAACGAAUAAAUCUUCUCUUGUUCCUGUUACAGUUGGCGAUGUAUCUGAUGAUUCUCAAGACGACGGGGCUGGGACUUCUUCUGGAGCACGAACUAAACGGUCCUCUGACGAAAGCGUCAGAAAUGGAGUUGAACUGAAGACACCAGCAUUGGUUGCUCCAGCUGUCAAAAAAGCCAAGUACAAAAGCGGAAUUUCAUCAGCAACUAAAGCAAGCCCGACAGAAUUGAGAAGAGUUCCAGGAGUACGAAACUUCCCGAAGGGAAGGCGUUCAAUGAUUAUCAAAGAGACCGCUUCAAAAUAUAAGGAGAAACGGGCAGCUCGCGAAUCUAAACCAACAUUCGAUGAUUCAAGUUGCUCUUCUGAGUUGUAA